AUGGACCUGGAGGACUGGACUAUUGUUGCUGUUGUCGUUGGCGUUGGCGUUGUUGCUUGCUUGCUUGCUUGCUUGCUUGCUUGCUUUGGAAAAGACUUCUUGGGUGAAGACCCGAAAAGGGCCGCGCCGAACCCCAGUCAUCCGUUCAUUAGUAGUCAACUCCCUUCUUCCCCACGACCGAAGAGAAGACACAAAGAUCAAAAAGACGAUUCACUGUCGCAUCGCAUCGCCUUGGCUACUCCCGCUCUACACACCAUCGUUGCCCCAAUUUUCCUCAUCACGACACGACACAACACAACACAACCAACUCUUGACGGUACGGUACCGGUGCAAGCUCCCAGAGAUCGCACAACUACGUCACACGGCACACCGGCACACGGCACACAAACGUGCUCACCACCACGCACACCACCACGCACACCACCAAAGACACGAAUCGGCCUCCCAUCUGCCUUGAAAGAGCAGGUUGACCGCUGGGCUGUGGAUCGGACGGCGGUUGACGUCUCGCAUUGCAGAUACCGUCCCCAGUCGGCGGUCCUCGGCUAUCAGCGCCUGUUGGAUGCGCCAGAGCCUGCCAACAAAGUCUUCUCCACACCGCACAUCCUCCAACACUGUCCAAAAACAACACAAAAUAUUCCCAUCAUGACGACAAAUAGGCCCUUCUUUGGAGGCUUCUUGGCCGCCUUCCGCGCACAACCUGUCCUGCAAAAGGCUGCUACCUCGCAAACAGCAGUCUCUGCAUCGUCCUAUGCACACAGCACAAGCAGCAGCACAUCAUCAUCACAAAGCCAAGGGCACGACACACAGACCUCGACAGCACGCACAAUCACCACCAAAGCACAGUCGCCAUCCCCAGGCCCGACCACUGUUUCCGUCCAGGCGACUGGCCACUUUCAACCCACCAGACAACACGCGCCUCCUUACAACCGCUCCACCUCGCCAAAAGCACAAGCCUACCCCAUACCUGGCGCCUCGCAACGCAGCAGGCGGGGCUCAGAUAGCUCAUCCGAAGGCUUCCACGAGGUCAUGGGCGCAGAGAAGUGGUACAUUGGCGGACGAACAGCCACAGGCGAGGACAAGUACUACAAACUGGGCAUGGUCAAGAGGCAUAGGAGUGCGGAUCGCCUGAGUCUGGACAAGCUCAGUAUAUAA